UGUGCACCAUUGCGUCAUAUUUUUAUUCUAUGUUUAAAAGACACCCGCCAUUUGUUAUGCUAUGCCGGUAAUGGAAAUUGGAAAUACAAAAUAAUUGUUCCAUUGAAUUUAUUAGUUAUUUUAUAUACUAAGAAUAAAUACUUGUAGAAAAAAGUAUGGCAGACAGUGAAGAUUUGGGUUUGGGGCCCGAAGAUCAAUUAGAUAAUUUAGAUGAUGCUAAUGGUAUUACUGAUGAAUCAAUAUUGAAUGAUACUGAGAUAGAUGGAACUACUGGAGAUGAUCCAGAAAUGGAAGCAAUUAAAGCAAGGGUUCGAGAAAUGGAAGAAGAGGCUGAAAAGUUAAAACAGUUACAAAGUGAAGUUGACAAACAGAUGAAUAUGGGAAGUCCUCCAGGAAUGACGAGUCCUUUGAACAUGUCAAUAGAAGAAAAAAUGGAGGUUGAUAACCGCAGCAUUUACAUAGGAAAUGUUGAUUAUGGUGCUACUGCAGAUGAAUUAGAACAACACUUUCAUGGUUGCGGUUCCAUGAAUCGUAUUACAAUACAACGCAAUAAGUUUGACGGACAUCCAAAAGGAUUUGCGUACAUUGAAUUUGUAGAUAGAGAUUCAGUUCAAACUGCAAUGGCUUUGGAUGAUUCUCUAUUUAGAGGAAGACCUAUAAAGGUAAUGCCAAAGAGAACUAAUCGACCAGGUAUUUCAACCACAAACAGGCCACCAAGGGGACGUAGUUCCUUCAGAGGUUCCAGAGGUGUUGGCAGGGGGUUCUACUCAGGAUUCAGACCUUUACGUAGGCCAAGGAGUUACAGACGAGGAGCAUCAGCUUAUUUUGGACCUUACUAAGCCAGUCAUGUAUGUAAAGCAAACUUCAUCUUACAAUCCUUUUUCCAAUUAACCACCCUCCCUAAAAAAAACACCCAAGUCAAUUUUUGGAUCUGAAAAAAAGAAGGAAAAUAAAAUGAAGUUCUAAAAAAAAGAAGUUUCCAGAGACUCCAUACAAAGAUAGAAAAAAAAAUCGGGAAUUCUGUUUAAAAGAUCAUUUAUCUCAGAAAAUAGACUAAGACAAUUUCAAAAAGUGUGAUAGAGUGAGAGGAUGAGUGUCACAAUUUCAGUUCAUAUUUUUCUGGUAUGAAACUAGAUAGGGAUGAGUGUUUGAUUAAUAAUGUAGAAAAGUUAUGCAUUUCUCAGUUUCAAUUUUUCCAUUCAGAAAUUAUUUAAUUUUGUUGCAAGAUUUGCAGGUAUCAAGUGUUUCGAUGGAUCCCAAUUAUUUUAUUUUUAUCAAAAAAAAAUCUAAUCUGUAUAAAAUGUUUAAUGUAUGAUUAAUAAAAUGAGUCCAAACGA